AUGCUUGUGGAUGCCAACACUCUUCGACAACUGGACAUGCUUGUGAACCUGCAUCACGAAGACGUCCUCUUGGAUUACAUGGAGGAAGAAGCUCGGGCGAGGGACUUGAGACUGAUUCAACGCCUCGCUGGGACUGAUGGGCAGCCAGCCUCAACGGCAAAUGCAGUCGAUUCAAUGAAAAUUCGAAUCCCUUCAUUGGCUCAAUACAAUCGAAGACGAGAGGCCAACGGCCUUCCACCGCUUGUGUUGUAUACCAACCACGACACUGACGACUUCACCAAGGCUGAGGGCUCAGCGCUCUCCCUCUCCGAUGAGGUUACGGAUAGCAUCCCGGAGGAGGAGGAUGGCAUGGUGCACAGCGAUGACGCGUCCAUUAGCGACUACGACUACGACAUGUCAGGCAGCGACUUUGAGUUUGAGGUCGGGCGUCAUGCUAAGGGGAGCGUGCGGGGUAGAAAGCAGGGGCAGGUGCGGGGUGGCAAGAAAAAGAGGGAACGGCGCAGAGAGCGGGAGCGGGCCAGGGGUCUGGGGGAUGAAGGCGACGGAUCUGGACCUGGGCCUGCCGGUUGUAGACGUGGAGGCAUAGCGGCCCGCAAAUAUUGGGCCGAAUUAUGCAGCGCUCUGGAAGAGCACACCUUGCCGGAAGAACAGGGUGCCGGCAAUGCAUCUCAAACGCUGGAGGCGCCCAUGGGGCGUUGGAUUGAAUGCCCGCCGUCUCUGCAAGAGAACAGCAAUGUUGUGUUUUUCCUCCGUGCUCUGGCGUACUUCUACCACCCCUCCAAUCUACUAGCUCUUUCCGAGCUGGUUCGUGACUUGCAGGAUCCUGCGGCGUUUCACAAUCUACACAUGGCUUCCUUUUCACCUUGCACGUCUCUCAUCAAGCUUGCCAAAGACUGCUAUCGCUACUCCAGUAAAUCUAGGACAUUAAAGUUCUUCUCAAUGUUAGCGAACUUGCGCUUGGCGGUGAGGGCAAACGAAGUCAUGGCUAGGGAGGAUUUCAACCACGCCGAGCUCUUCCGUCAGUGGACGCCCGGAGGAGAAGGGCAGCCACAUCGUGAUUUCUACUACUGGCUCAAUGAAGGAGCUAUACUGGCACGUCUGGUCAGUGUCGGAGGAUUACCAAUGUUAAUAAUGGUAUCCAUUCUGAGUAGCAGGCGUAGUCUGCAGAGCAUGAAAACCAGGGUAAUCAGUGAGGCGGCUGAAUAUAUGGUGGACCCUCCUAAGGAUGCUGGUGGUGUCCUAGUGAGGCGCCUAAUCAUACCAGCACUGAAGCUUAUCAAUCGGCUGGUCUGUUUUCAUGUUGUCUUCAGCAAGACGGACAACCUGGAGGAUAUGGUAUGCUUGGCAUCUACCAAUGUUGAGCGUACCAAGAAAUAUUUCUCAAGCCUGAUACUAAAUGAUUGGAUCCUGUCGGAACACGCCGAUUGCUGGAACGACUACUUGCACCGAUCAGGUUCAUGCGACUUCUCAUUGAUCGGAAACUACUCAUUGGCUGGAAUGGUGCAGGCGCCUGUUCCGGAUCUGCAUGCCAUGGACAUAGACAUGGAUUCCGCAGCUUCUACGUUGCCUUUCCAGUCCUGGAGUGCGCCUGAUCUUUCUGCCUUUGGUGCUCACGUGCCAGAGCCCGACUUCGUCUUGCAACAUAAACAUCUUCCCUUCCCUGAUAAGCUAUUGAAGAUCACAGUCCCCUUUGAAUGCCUAGGUUUGCACGAUCCUCUUGACAAGAAGAAAGACCCUCAGGUAAAAAAGUGGACAAAGAUGCAUCGAACAUUGGCCAACGAUAGGAAGAAAUUCGCAGAAUUUCACUCGUUCAAGGCCUACUAUGAAUCGCUAGAUAAGCCUCCAGUUCAUUACGUGGAGACACCUAAGCUGCCGCCCAAUGAGACGCUUGAAAUUUACGACAAGCAUGGCGUACUCUGCGCAGUGCUUAUAGGGCAUGUGCGACAAGAUCCAGAGCUUCUUGAGAGGACCUCUAUGCUGUUGGAGGCAAAUUUUCCAGAGAUGAUUCGUGGCGACUCCACUCUGCCAAAAUUCAAGUAUUUAAGCAAGCACUGCCUGAUUUACAAUCGGUAUAAGCAGCGCGGCGAUGACGCUCCCAUGGAUAUACAUCCUUUGAAGCUGAAGACCAGAACGGGGAAGCGUCAUGCUCAACGGCCCCAACGGCUACCUGAGAUGUCUCAGGAAGGUCAAAAAGAUGGCAACGAGACUGAGCAGCUCCUGGAUGAUCUGGAGCCACUGAUACUGGAGGUACUGCGCGUGUUGGAGCAUCACUUGCCCAAAGAAUGCGUAGUUCAGGCAACAUUUGCCAAGAAGCUGCCUCUCCAUGACGUAACUCCUGCUGGGCCAUUCACUGGUCUGGUGGUGAAUAUUGCGGUUGCAACUCUUGGACACCGAGACAAGAAGGACUUCGAAAUCUGUGUCGUCAUCCCUUUAGGCAAGUGGACGGGAGGCCAGCUUGUGCUUCACGAGCUUGGUCUGGUCUUCGACCUCCAAGCAGGCGACAUUUUGUGGUUCAGAAGCACGGAGAUUACUCAUUUCAAUCUCCACUUUAAGGGGUGCAGGGCAUCUAUCGUAUUGACGCACGAUGCAGAUGGCAGAUUUUGGGUCAGGGAUAUGAAUGGAUGGCGACCCAGGAUAUGGUAA